AUGAAACUACUUAUGUCAACCUUCGUCUUCUUCUUUUCUACUGUUGCCCUGGCAGCAGACUGCUUCGGUGGCAAGCCUAAAGCAGACGGUCCCUACCGCAACCCCGCUGCUGAGCUCUGCCGCAACUGCGGGCCUCCCGGCGCCUGCGUCAUCGGGGUCACGUCAGGCGGCGGCGUGUCGUGCAGUAUGACCGUCCCAAAGAACAAGCAGACUCUGUAUUGCGAGGAAGCCAUGGGUAAUAUUAUCGGGCAGUGCAUCGGUGGGGGACAAUCUGGCGGUAGGUGGAGCUUUGGAGGAGAGUCAUAUGAAUGCCACGCCAAUUACUCUGGUGAGGAUUGGACCUCAAUAAAUGUUCCCAGAAGCCCAGUGUACUGUGUGCUGAACAAGAGUCUAAUGUGGCUUUCCGAGCGCCUGGAGUAA